ACUCACCAGAGGGACUCAUGUUGGAUCGACUUCCGACGCCGUAUAUCAACACUGACAGCAUGACCGGAGUUUUAUGUAUUUACUGUUGAACAGUAGAAAUAACCAUGGAGGUGCUUGGAGGAGAGUUUUGUGACAUGAGUCCUCAGGAGCUGGCGGCUCCUGUCAACACUGUAGCGGACAAAUGGAAACUGUUACCAGCCUUCCUGAAGGUGAAAGGACUGGUGAAGCAGCACAUCGACUCCUUCAACUAUUUCAUAAAUGUGGAGAUAAAGAAAAUAAUGAAAGCAAAUGAGAAGAUCACAAGUGAUGCUGAUCCAAUGUGGUACCUCAAAUACCUCAAUAUCUACAUUGGCAUGCCGGAUGUUGAAGAAAGCUUCAACGUAACCAGACCAGUGUCCCCUCAUGAGUGUCGUCUCAGAGACAUGACCUACUCAGCGCCCAUCACGGUGGACAUAGAGUACACUCGUGGCAGUCAGAGAAUCAUCCGCAACGCACUGCCCAUCGGAAGGAUGCCAAUCAUGCUGCGGAGCUCAAACUGUGUUCUCACAGGAAAGACACCCAUGGAGUUUGCUAAACUCAAUGAAUGUCCUCUGGAUCCAGGAGGUUAUUUUAUUGUAAAAGGUCAGGAGAAAGUCAUUCUCAUCCAAGAGCAGCUGUCCAAGAAUCGGAUCAUUGUGGAGCAGGACAGGAAGGGUGCAGUUGGAGCCUCAGUUACCAGCUCCACUCAUGAGAAGAAAAGUAGAACUAAUAUGAUUGUCAAACAAGGCAGAUUCUACCUGAGACACAACACGCUGUCAGAGGACGCCCCAAUUGCCAUCAUAUUCAAGGGUAUGGGCGUAGAGAGUGACCAGGAGAUCGUGCAGAUGAUCGGUACGGAGGAGCACGUCAUGGCCAGCUUUGCCCCGAGCCUCGAGGAAUGUCAGAAGGCCCAGAUCUUCACACAGACUCAG